CACUGAUCACAAGACCAAUCAUAGACAAUACUUAUCAUCCACUUGUCUUCUGUCAUCAGGUGAUUUGGGAGUGAAAAGUCCUGAAAAGGGAUAAAACGCAAAUAUUACCUGAAUCAAUAUGUCUGGAAAGGAAAAGCUAGCGAUUUUCCCUUCUCGGGGUGCCCAGAUGUUGAUAAAGGGCCGUCUGGCUGGAGCUCAGAAAGGCCAUGGCCUCCUCAAGAAAAAGGCAGAUGCCCUACAAGUCAGGUUCCGUAUGAUCCUGGGUAAAAUUAUCGAGACAAAAACCCUGAUGGGAGAAGUGAUGAAAGAGGCGGCAUUCUCACUGGCUGAAGCUAAGUUCACAACUGGAGACUUCAACCAAGUUGUUCUACAGAACGUUACCAAGGCUCAGAUCAAGAUCCGCUCUAAAAAAGACAAUGUUGCAGGUGUGACCCUGCCAAUCUUCGAGUCAUACCAAGACGGUUCGGACACAUACGAAUUGGCCGGGUUAGCGCGAGGUGGCCAACAGUUGGCCAAGCUCAAGAAGAACUUCCAGAGCGCAGUCAAGCUGCUGGUGGAGUUGGCAUCCCUCCAGACCUCCUUCGUGACCCUUGACGAGGUCAUCAAGAUCACCAACAGGCGUGUCAACGCUAUUGAGCACGUAAUCAUCCCGAGAUUGGAGCGUACGCUGGCAUACAUCAUCUCCGAGCUGGACGAGCUUGAGCGUGAGGAGUUCUACCGGCUGAAGAAGAUCCAGGACAAGAAGAAGAUUAUCAAAGACAAGGCGGAAGCGAGGAAGGCCGCGCUGAAGGCGGCGGGCGAGGCGCAGGACCAGCGCGACGGCGGCGGCAACCUGCUCGACCAGGAGGACAACGACAUCAUAUUCUAAACAUAAACCCGCCAUCUGUAGUGUUGCCGCUGUUAGUAUACAGUCAUGAGCAAUAUCAUGUAGCCACUUUAGAACCCUGUCGCACUAUCAUAUUUGACAUUUAAAGAGACUUACGGUAUAAUUUGUCAAAAAAGUUAAUGUGACAUGGUUUCAAAGUGUAUACAUAUUAGUACUCGUGACCGUACAUAGCAAACGAUAGCAGAAAAGAAUGUUAAAAAGAAAGAAAACAUCUAUUUCAGUAUUGGACGCCACACUAACAAACUAAAUGCUAUCGGUUGUUCGGCAACACUACCUCAUCCCGCACCAUAGAAAAGCAUUUAUUGUGUUGUGUUCGUCUGGGUAACCGCACCGAGGUCGGUGGGAUGCAAGCCUGCUGUUGUUGGAGACGGCUUGAAGCUUCCAAAGUAUUAUACUACACAACAAUACAGCGAGUUGCAUUGCACGCGUACCUUGACUAACAUCGUAGGAACACUGUCUGCCAAAGUGGAGAUGUGCUGAUAACGACCAGUAGGAUUUCGUUAUUUACCGAUCUUAUACUCCGCUAUCCGGAAAAUAACGAAUAUUAGUUGUUUAUUAACGGUCUUCGCUUUGGUGUAAAGUGGGCCUGUAUCAGCCAGAUUCCAGAUGCGUCGAGAGGAGCGGAAGAAAAAAGUAAAUGCUUUUCUAUUGCAGGCCAAAGCGGCAAAGAUCGCCGCGGGCUCCAUGGAUAUUCGCGACGUGAUCGCGAACAUCCUCCUCAAUGAGGGCGACGACGACCUCCUGUUCUAGACCGACACGAGCCUAGACCUCGGGUAACUCGGGUCCUCCCGUAGAUAUCAUAUUAGCCAGUUGUUAGUAGGUGCAGUCAAGGUGGUGCUAACUCCAUACGACUGCUUAAUUAGAGUUACGCUUUGUAAGAUGGUCUCGAAAGUCGCAUCAAUAAUUAUUAAUAAGGCCUAUCCACCUGAAGUACUAUGUACACACAUUUAACUUAAAUAACGGCGUCUAUUUAUGCAUUUCCCUUAAUCCUAUAUAAAUAUCCCCCAUACUUGACUGCACAAAGUUUAUUGAUAUUACAGUGUUCAUUACUUUGUAAAUACUAUAUUGUUGUCACACUGUUAAAUGUUUGUCACUUGAAUCAACUUGCAUCAGAGGUGUUAAGUUCGAAGGAUCGACGAUUAGCUUCCCUCUGCUUGGUCGUCGUAAAUCUUAAGUAAGCAUUCCACCAAUAUAGGCGACAUGAGCGUAGCUUUUUAAUGCCACAAAGCAUAAAAUCAGUAUAAGUACAUCAGUUAAAGUAUUUAUGUUUUUUGAAUUGUUGUUUGGUAAUAUAACAAUGUAUUUUAAGUAAGCAAUCAUGUAAAUACAAGUUUGUGAAGCGAAAUAUUAAAUAUUAUUAUUGAGAA